GCGCGGCUCCUCGCUGGGAGGCGGCAGUUCACCCCUUCAACCUCGCUUACACUUCUUCAGUACUCCUCGCUAUGCCUCUGGCAUUUGGGGGAGCUCUUCAAUCCCUUAACAGGAGCACGGCGGCUGACGCGCUGAGACCUGGGGAGGCGUGGCUCCGCACCGGAAAAACCUCCGGUUGCCCGGGGAACGCCACGCACCACGGCGCCUGACCCGCCACUGAUGCUUGGGCUGAGCCAGAGGCUACCCCUUCACCCAACUUGCGGAGGCGGCUUUGCUCAGGCCCAGGAAUCCUUCCUGUGGAGGCCUAGAGAGGAAGGCUGAGGGACGCCCGCACCAUAUUCCCAUUGCAGAGAGGGAUACGAGCGAGUGCGUCCAUUCCUGUUCUUCAGCAGCUCCCGGGCCCGCAGGACUAAUCUCAAAGACCAGAUUCUACAGAUGUCUAUCCCUAAGCUGAGAUUUAAAGGAAUGGGUUGAGUGAGAUUUGAAUCUCCAACACAAGGAGAGAAGUCGAUUCAAGCGGCACAAAUGGAGUACCUGAAGUCAAACCCAUCCCUUGGCUGGUUUGUAAAUACUUGACUCACAUUAUGGGAUUGCUAGACAGACUUUCAGGCUUGCUUGGCCUGAGGAAGAAGGAGGUGCAUGUUUUGUGCCUUGGGCUGGAUAAUAGUGGCAAAACAACAAUCAUUAAUAAACUUAAACCUUCAAACGCUCAAUCUCAGGAUAUAGUUCCAACGAUAGGAUUCAGCAUAGAGAAAUUCAAAUCGUCCAGUUUGUCUUUUACAGUGUUUGACAUGUCAGGUCAAGGAAGAUACAGAAAUCUCUGGGAACACUAUUAUAAAGAAGGACAAGCCAUUAUUUUUGUCAUUGAUAGUAGUGAUAGAUUAAGAAUGGUUGUGGCCAAAGAAGAACUUGAUACUCUUCUGAAUCAUCCAGAUAUUAAGCACCGCCGAAUACCAAUUUUAUUCUUUGCGAACAAAAUGGAUCUUAGAGAUGCAGUGACAUCUGUAAAAGUGUCUCAAUUGCUGUGUUUAGAGAACAUCAAAGAUAAACCAUGGCAUAUUUGUGCUAGUGAUGCCAUAAAAGGAGAAGGAUUGCAAGAAGGUGUAGACUGGCUUCAAGAUCAAAUCCAGGCUGUGAAGACAUGAAAAGAUAGUAUUCGGAAACCUCAACAAUUUUCAAUUCAAGGAAUAUAUAUUAAGGCAAACUGAAUACUUUAAAUUUUUUGAAAGUUUUUACAUCUAAGAAUACUUGAUAAUCUUCUGCUUGCA